UCGAGUUUCCAUUUGUUUUACCGUCGAAUAUAAUACCCAGAAGAAUCUUCACUUCGUUCUUUUCAAAACGUUAAAGUUGUCUAUGACGAGAAAUUUGAAAGGGAUGGAUUCGAUAACUCAACCUCGGAUGGAAAUUUGUGAUUUACCGAUAGAGAUUCUUGAGACAAUCUUCGACCAUCUGCCCGUGACCGAUCUGAAAAAUGCUUCUUUAGUGUGCCUCCAGUGGUCGCACUUGGCAUUUUCUGGGCGGAGAAUGAAUCGCAUCAGAUAUCAAAUACAACGGAAUGGAAGUCUUCGCAGUGGAUUUUCGAUUCUGCAAGCAAGUCAGCGACAGUAUCGUCAUAUAGGUUGCCUAGUCGGCGACGAAAGAAUGCACAGGGAAUUAAUUCAGUUUUUACAAAGCAGAUACAAAUUUGUAGAGAGUUUAUGGGUUGAGGAACAUGCAUUAGCCUGCCUUGAAAAUCAUCCGAAGGUUGAGGAUGAUUUUAUGCCGAUGACGGUGUUCCACCAUCUUUCUGCAGUCAGCAUAGCUUUUUUAAGGCAAAAUACAUUGGAUGUGUUAGAUAUUUGCACUAUAGCGCCAAAUCUUCAGGAAAUUAGCAUGAAUUGUAAUACAGAAUACGCUCUAGAAGUUUUCAGGCAUUUUAGACUUCAAUUGAAAUCAGUGGAAGUGAUCUUCAACAUUAUAUAUUCUCACACUAAUACUGUAGAUCCAUUUUGUGAAAUAAUUUUUCCGGAGCUUCUUGAAAUCGUUGUAUCUAUUGAUGGUGCUUUACACUGUAUGUUGAGUCCGAAUUCCGCUUUCAUCACUGGAUCAAAACGUCUUCAACAUGCUACACUGAACUGUUUUAUAACUGAAGAGAUCGUGGACAGUUUGGUGGAAAAUUGUUGUGACAUUACACAUCUUGCUAUAGACCUUACCAUGCUAAAUGAUAGUUCGUUGAAUGGAUUAGCAAAGCUUACCAAGCUGAAAAUCCUAAAAUUGGAAGGCACAUCGGGGGAUAAUUGCCCAUUUGCAAGUUGCCCAAAAUGGGAUGGCGCACCAAGGAAUUUUCGCCCCUGCUUGCCAAUUCCCUCUUUACGAGAACUUUUUCUUACAUGCUAUCCGUUCGAAGAUUGUAGGUUUGACUUCGUAAUAGAAAUAUGUAAGGUGAUGCCAAAUCUCGAUAAGGUGGUUCUAGGUGAACAUUUCUUAGAUCCCUGCACUGUUGAAAAUAUCUGCUAUAGCAUGCCAACUCUCAAAUGUUUAGUGUUGAUGGGGGAUUUUACAGAGUCGACUGAUAAGCAGAUUUCUCGUGAGGUUAUUCGAUAUUUGGGGCAAUUACGUAAUCUUGUUGAGUUGCGUUUUGUAUAUAUUGAGUUUUCCUAUGGUGUUAUUGCAAAUAUACCCGAAUUACCCAAAUUAAGUGUACUCUCAUUUUACGAGUGUCGAGGGGUGACUGAAAGUAACAUCUUGGAGCUUGAUAUACUGUUUCCAUCACUGCGAAUGGUUAACAUCUACCCAAAUGAGUGCAUAUCAGAUAGCAGCCUCGAAUCACUACGUUCUCGACUGCCAUGGUACACGGUCAUUACAAGAAACAAACGAAAGUAUCAUCGUGACAAAAAAAAAAUAUUAUGAAUUCAUCCCGGUUGACAGAAAUUGACAUUGUUGCUGGUACUAUGUACUUCCAGCAAGAGUCCCAGCAAUCUGCCAUGGAAAAACUUGCUGGUACUACAUGACAGCUGCAAAAAAUUUGAAUUUUUGUCAACCGGGAUAUUUAAAUAUAUAAUAAUAAAAACAUCAUGCGUUCAACUAAAAAUUUAA